CCACUAUACAACUCAGCAGUUGCUGCUUACACCCUUUCCCUUGUGUAUUACUGAACUACAACUCUCCCAGGGAUCUGUGCUACAGAAAAGGGUAUCAAGGAAAGGUAACUCGUUCCAAGAUGAGACCAAACAUAGCUGAAUAUUGAGGAAUAGGAUAAAGAGAGUUGUAGUGGAGCAAUACCGAAGGAGACACAUGUGGCGAUGCUUCAUCAUUCCAUUUUGGAACGCUGGGAUUAAGGGAAAGAAGAAAGAGAGCGUAUUAUUCGCUGGGUGUCGCUGUUUCACAGGGAGAGUUGUGGGCUUUGUGUGACCGCCAGGUGGAGCCCGUACGCCUCAUUCGUCCCCCCAGCCGCCAGAGAGCGAACAACUCGAGCCGAGCCGCUGCCGAACUACCUUCUUGUUUAUUUCUAUUUCCCCGGAGUAGGGGGCUUAAACAGCACCGUCGGAUUGACCCAAGUGGCUUCUCGUCGGACGCCUAUCCAUACCUUUUGGAAUUAGCAGCAGGCCGCGGGACGAGGCCCUCCGUGUGGGGGGGAGCCGAGAUCCACAAGGGACUGAGAGUAUUAAAUACUUCAGUCGGAAAGGUUUAUGAACCAACAAUUCCAAGGGCAUUGGGUUUCCAGAAGAUGAUAAAGAAAUGAUAGCAGCUUCAGAAAUACAAGACUUCAGUCUCCUCCAACCUCUGGAUCCCUCCCUUCAUGAUAUGGGUCCACUUUCCUGCAAUGCUGGACCAAGGGAGUCAGAGAUGCAUUUUUCAUCGGAUACAGACUUUGAUGAUACUGAAGUAAAAGUCACAAAACAAGGCAAAGGAAAGAAAGGAAAGAAAGGCAACGUUGAAAAAGGCAAAGGUGGACCAUUGAGACCUGGUGGUCCUAACUGGAUGAAUGGACAUCACCAGCAAAAUGGAGUAGAGAAUAUGAUGUUGUUUGAGGUGGUGAAAAUGGGAAAGAGUGCAAUGCAGUCAGUUGUAGACGACUGGAUAGAAGCAUAUAAACACAGCAAAGACGUAGCUCUUCUAGACCUCAUAAACUUCUUCAUUCAGUGUUCAGGAUGUAAAGGUGUUGUCUCUGGUGAAAUGUUUCGCCAUAUGCAAAAUUCAGAAAUAAUUAGAAGAAUGACAGAAGAGUUUGAUGAGGAUAGUGGAGAUUACCCACUAACAAUGGCUGGUCCACAGUGGAAGAAGUUUAAGUUCAGUUUCUGUGAAUUCAUCGGAGUUUUGGUCCGCCAAUGUCAAUACAGCAUAAUAUAUGACGAAUAUAUGAUGGAUACUGUUAUAUCUCUUCUUACUGGACUUUCUGACUCGCAAGUUCGAGCAUUUCGACAUACAAGCACAUUAGCAGCGAUGAAGCUAAUGACAGCUUUGGUAAAUGUGGCACUUAAUCUCAGCAUUAACAUGGACAAUACGCAAAGACAGUAUGAGGCAGAAAGAAACAAGAUGAUUGGGAAACGAGCCAAUGACAGGCUGGAGCUUUUAUUACAGAAACGAAAGGAGCUGCAAGAAAAUCAGGAUGAGAUAGAAAAUAUGAUGAAUGCGAUAUUUAAAGGUGUUUUUGUUCACAGAUACAGAGAUGCUAUUGCUGAAAUUCGAGCUAUUUGCAUAGAGGAGAUAGGUGUAUGGAUGAAAAUGUAUAGUGAUGCCUUCCUUAAUGACAGCUAUUUGAAAUAUGUAGGUUGGACUAUGCAUGAUAAGCAAGGAGAAGUUCGGCUGAAAUGCCUUACAGCUUUACAGGGACUGUAUUACAACCGUGAGCUCAAUACAAAACUUGAGCUGUUCACAAGUCGAUUCAAGGACCGUAUUGUGUCCAUGACUCUUGACAAGGAGUAUGAUGUUGCAGUUCAAGCAAUAAAGCUUCUUACUCUUGUUUUACAAAGCAGUGACGAAGUUCUGACUGCUGAAGAUUGUGAAAAUGUUUAUCAUCUGGUUUACUCUGCUCACCGACCUGUGGCUGUUGCAGCUGGAGAAUUCCUUUACAAAAAGCUCUUCAGUUGCAGAGAUCCUGAAGAAGAUGGAAUCAUGAAGCGAAGAGGAAGGCUUAGCCCAAAUGCCAAUCUUGUCAAGACUUUGGUGUUUUUCUUUUUGGAGAGCGAGUUACAUGAACACGCUGCAUAUCUUGUGGAUAGUAUGUGGGAUUGUGCCACAGAGCUGCUGAAAGACUGGGACUGUAUGAACAGUCUUCUGUUGGAUGAUCCACUUAAUGGAGAAGAGGCUCUUACAGACAGGCAGGAAAGUGCACUAAUAGAGAUUUUGCUCUGCACGGUUCGACAAGCUGCUGAAUGUCAUCCCCCAGUUGGCAGAGGAACUGGAAAAAGGGUUCUCACUGCGAAAGAAAAGAAAUCACAGAUGGAUGACAAAACACACCUUACAGAACUUUUUGCAGUGUCUCUUCCUCAGCUUUUAGCAAAAUAUUCCGUUGAUGCAGAAAAGGUAACCAAUCUGUUGCAGCUACCGCAGUACUUUGAUUUGGAAAUUUACACAACAGGCCGAUUAGAAAAGCAUUUGGAGGCAUUGUUGCGGCAGAUUCGUAAUAUAGUAGAAAAGCAUACAGACACAGAUGUUUUAGAAGCCUGCUCUAAAACAUACCAUGCGCUUUGCAAUGAGGAAUUCACAAUCUAUAACAGAGUGGACAUUGCAAAGAGUCAGUUAAUUGAUGAGCUGGCAGAUAAGUUCAACAGGCUUCUCGAAGACUUUCUGCAAGAGGAGGAAGAGCUGGAUGAAGACGAUGCAUACCAAGUGCUAUCUACAUUAAAAAGGAUAACUGCUUUUCACAAUGCUCAUGAUCUGUCACGAUGGGAUUUAUUUAGUGGCAAUUACAAGCUGUUGAAAACUGGCAUUGAAAAUGGAGACAUGCCGGAACAGAUUGUUGUUCACGCAUUACAGUGUACUCACUACGUGAUUUUAUGGCAGCUAGCUAAGUUUUCUGAAACUGGCUCAUCAAAGGAAGAGUUAAUCACGCUAAAGAGACAAAUGAGGGUGUUUUGCCAAAUCUGUCAGCAUUACCUAACCAAUGUAAAUACUGCUGUAAAAGAACAGGCUUUCACAAUACUGUGCGAUGUGCUAAUGAUAUUCAGUCAUCAGAUUGUUGUUGGAGGUCGGGAAGCAUUAGAGCCACUGGUGUAUUCGCCGGAUUCCUCCUUGCAGUCAGAAUUGUUGAGCUUUAUUUUGGAUCAUGUGUUUAUUGAUCAGGAUGACGACAACAGCAGUUCAGAUGGUCAGCAAGAUGACGAAGCCAGUAAAAUCGAAGCUUUGCACAAAAGGAGAAAUUUACUUGCUGCAUUUUGCAAGCUGAUAGUGUAUAAUGUUGUUGAGAUGAAUACAGCUGCAGAUAUUUUCAAACAAUACAUGCGGUAUUACAAUGAUUAUGGAGAUAUUAUUAAGGAAACGAUGAGCAAAACAAGACAGAUUGACAAAAUACAAUGUGCUAAGACACUCAUUCUUAGUUUACAACAGCUUUUCAACGAAAUGAUCCAGGAGCAUAGCUACAACUUUGACAGAUCAUCACCAACGUUUAGUGCCAUAAAAGAACUUGCAAGACGCUUUGCUUUAACUUUUGGCCUGGAUCAGCUAAAAACCAGAGAGGCCAUUGCCAUGUUACACAAGGAUGGUAUCGAGUUUGCCUUUAAAGAACCAAGCCCACAAGGUGAAGCCCAUCCACCACUAAACAUGGCAUUUCUUGAUAUUUUAAGUGAAUUUUCAUCUAAAUUGUUAAGACAGGACAAGAAAACUGUAUACGCAUACCUGGAAAGGUUCAUGACAUUUCAAAUGUCUCUCCGAAGAGAAGACGUGUGGCUACCGCUCAUGUCUUACAGAAAUUCUUUACUAGCUGGUGGCGAUGAUGACACCAUGUCAGUCAUGAGUGGGAUGAGUGGACGAGGGUCUUCCACAAGGAGUAAAAAGAUAAAACCCCCAACAGGAAAACGGAAACUACCAGACGCGGAAGAGAGUAGUAGCAGCGAUAGCAUGUGGUUAAACAGGGAGCAAACGAUGAACACACCAGUCAUGUUGCAAACACCACAGCUCACAUCCACCAUUAUGAGAGAGCCUAAAAGGUUACGACCAGAAGAAAGUUACAUGCCUGUCUACCCAAUGCAGCCUGAGCAUCACCAGCCUUCUCUUGAUUACAACACACAGGUAACGUGGAUGCUUGCUCAGCGGCAGCAGGAAGAAGCAGCAAGGCAGCAGCAGGAAAGAGCCGCUAUGAAUUAUGUGAAGCUGAGAUCUAAUCUUCAACAUGCCAUACGGCGAAACACUGGGCUUAUGGAAGACGACGAAGAGCCGAUUGUUGAAGAUGUUAUGAUGUCAUCAGAAGGGCGCAUUGAAGAUCUUAACGAGGGCAUGGAUUUUGACACAAUGGACAUAGACUUGCCUCCCUCGAAAAACCGACGAGAGAGAACAGAACUUAAGCCAGAUUUCUUUGAUCCUGCUUCAAUCAUGGAUGAAUCCGUUCUUGGGGUAUCAAUGUUUUAAUACCAGUUCAUCAAUCAACUCUGUGGUGAAAGUUUUUUUUUUUUUUUUUAAAUGGAAGAGGAAGUUUUUAAAUGACAAAUUUGUGGUAUACAGUGAAAUUAUGUACAGAUUUUUUCUCUAAGGAGAAUUUGCCAUGCUUACCAAGAUUAAGUGCAUAGAGAGGCAGUUUGAAUGCCUACAAAAAGUUUAAAGGACAAGUAAACGGUUUGCAAAUAAGCUACGACAUAUUGUCUUGGGAAAAAUAUUUAUUUUUGUUAUUUGUUUUCCUUUUAAUCAGCUGGUGUAUUCCCUUUAAAAAAAAAAACAAGCCUACUAUAAAACUAUUUUAUAGUGGUAUAAAAUGCUGUGUGCACUCAGAUUUGAGUUUGCCCAUAUGAUUUUUAUGGUUAUGUAUUACCACCAUUUAACAGGCUAAAUUCUCAACCAACAUUGUAAUCACUCGUAACUAAAAUAAUUUUUUUUUUAUUUACAGAAUAAAAAAAUAUUGUUUCAUUGAAAUUUUUUGUAUUAUGAGGUGACUUUUUUUUCAGAGACUCUAAGGCUUAAUUGGUAUCCGAAAACAACCUAACCAUGCUUGUUCUUUAAUAAACCUACGAGUUUGCUUGUCCUUUAAGAAAUAUGUAAUGUUGUGAAAUUCCUUCCAGUAGUGCCACUGUAUUUUGUCUCAAAAUAAAAGAAGCUUAUUGUAGUAUGUUUGCAGAAAAAAAAUAAAAAAAAAAUAAAAUUAUACAGCUUAUUAGAGUGUGGGAUUAGGGUUCUAAAUUUUAAAUAAAAUGAUAUAUAAAUAUAUAUAAAUAUAUAUAUAUAAAUUGGUGCUGAUUUUAUAAUUGCGCAGUUUGUUUAGUUUUUUCUUACUUUUAAAAUUCCAACUUAAAAUGAUGAGGUUUCAGAAAUAUAUUGAAAGUUUUAACAAUGUUUAAAAAAAAAAAAAAAAAAAUUACAGAAAAAAAAUAAAUAGCCGAAGCGUUGAUACUCGCUUUAAAAAAAUGAUUUUUAAAUUUGUAUUUUAUAUUGUUUUAUCUAUCUGUCUUUGCAAGCAGUCUUCAGGUUAAGUAUACUUCCAGCAGGUUACAGUACAUUUCCUGUAUUUUACAAUUUGUUUAAAAACAAAAAAUAGGCAAUUCAUAAUAAACGCCCUGUUUUGUUUUUUGGUAAAUGCUUGGCUCUCAUCCUCACUUCAGAACCAAUUAGCCUGGAACAGUGAAAUCCGCGUUUGCCAACCGAAACAAAAUUUGCGAGGCUUAGGCAGCUAGACAUUAAAGUAAAUUUUAACUUAUAUUUCAUGUGUGUAUUUUUUUUUUUUUUCUGUCAUUGCCUUCAUUCUUUGAGGUUUAAAGUCAUUCCAUGCCUUAUUGCUUGCAAUACACAAACUUUUUCUUGUCUUCAGAAAAUGCUGUAAAAAUGGAAAAAACAAAUAAUAAAGCGACAGAUUAUAUAACAAUCACUAGGCUGAGGUAGCCAAAAACCGUAAGUUAACUAGAGAACUAUCGAGUAUGUGUUAAACCUCAUAGACAUAACACACAAAUCUGAAUCAUGUUUCAUAAUAAGUACUCGUGUCUGAGACGACUGCCUACCCCUUAUCCUUUACACCACUGCAUUUCUUAGAGCUGCUGAGAGGACUGUGUACAUAUAUGAUUUUACAAUUUGAUUUGAUUUCUUUCUUACUCUAAAUAGAGAGUAUAUCUUUGUGAAAACAGUUCUUACAGCUUUGUUUUCUGCUAAAAUGUUUUAUAUAUUUACCUAACCUGUUGUCCUCCACAUUCUAUUGUCCUCCUGUACUGUUUUCUGAUUUGUAUUUAUGUCUUGAGACAGUAACUUUUUGAAUAAAAUUAAACCCACUGUA